AUCGUAAAAACAUGCCGCACAACACUUUGCAGCACGGCCAAAGUUUGUGUCAAUAAACUAAAUAUAAUAUCAUGUUGUAUAUAUAAUGUCAGAGAUAUCAAUGUUCGCACGGGGCAUUAUAAAGAAAUAUUACACGGUCAUGGAGACAUCAUAUUAGUAACGGGGGUGGAAGCAGAUCGAUGAUAGAUGUAUAUAUUCACCGCGUUGCAUUCCGCGAGUCACACUUACGCUUCGCGGACUCUUUAAGUUCUAAUUAUCACGUUCGGUGCGAGAAUGUAUUAAGUGGGACAAAAUAUCUUAAUAAGGAUUUACAAUACAGAGGUGCUUGAUUAUUCGUUGGAAAUAAUUUCUACACCACCCAAGUUUACAGCUUUCACGUACGACCCCGGAGAGAGACACACACACAGAGACAUUCCUCUAACACACAGGGACGAAUUGUGUGUAUAACCAAUAAGGCUCAACCGUGUCCGCAAAUAGAGUCAAAAUAUCAUAUUAAACGUCGUUAAGCACAAUUAUAUACACUACUGCUUUUUGCGCGACGGUAGAGCGGCAGCGAAGUGACAGCAUCUAUUUUUGGAUCACGAGAGAAAGGAAAGAAGAAAAGGUGGAAGUGUAUUACGUCAUCAACAGCAUCAUCAACAUCUUCUAUUGUACUAAACGCGGGCUAGCAUCUGCAAGAUGACGAAGUCUGAUGUGGCUUACCAAGCAGUGGGCAGAGGCGGAGACGACAGCGGUGGAAGCACUGGCGGAGAUGCUGAAGAAAAAAACAAGCCGACACUGCAGCACAACGAAAACAAUCACCAUCGCAAGGAAAAGCAGGAGCUGUCGCACAGCCCGAGGGCGAAACCGAAGCGGUGUUUGGAAUCGGACGACGUGAUCAUUGAAGAGGAGGACGACAUCGAUGAUGAGCUUGACUCGAACAAUAACGACCCACCAUCGACGUCAUCUUCGAAGGGAAGGAAGGGUGUGAUACGGAGGACGAUGUCGUUCUUGGUCACACUGCCCAGGAAACUGUAUAGCUACGUGAGAGGGGUCUUCUAUACGUCGCAGCAGCCCUGGUCAAAGGUUGGUCACGACCAUGAAAGCGAGGACAGUGAUUGGUCAUCGAGCGAGGACGGUGUGACGUCACGACUGAACAAAGCGAGACAGGAAAGAAGAUCGGCUGGGAAAUCAAGGGAUAGACAUAAACCAAAACCAAACAAGGCGACCCCUCCUCCAAUAGCGCCGAAACCGAAGAAGAGAAACAACCCGAGUCCUAGCGGAUCCAGCAAUCCGCCAUCAUCACCGGAUACUACAUCGCCGGAUACCACACCGGAGAUCUCAUUUGAUGACAUUGUUGUUGAACCACCGCAGUUGAAAAUAUACAAGCGGAUACAGGGACCGCCGGGAAGGAGGAAACCGCAGCGGUUCUCGAACCAAUCCGAUGUCCGACAAUCCGAACUGCAGAGGGAGUCCGAUCUGUGGCGAUGACGUCAUGAUCAAAGUGAUGCCGUGUAGAAGCAGAGAAAACUGACUCUUUCCAUUGUUUCGAUUGGAAUAAGAUUACAUUUUGCCUUGUUUUGAAGACGAUAAAAUAUCGGGCGUUGUAGUACGUGUUGAAAGCUUUCACAGUGCUUGGAAUUAGUUUGUCACAUGGGAUGACGUCAUAAUUCGCGGUGCUUUUAGCUGAACAGUGCUUGCCUUGCAAUAAUUUGCAAAACGUGCAGAUUACUAUAAAGAGUAAAUACUGUAGAAAAGUUCGAUCUAUUUUAUAUGUUUUGCUCGUAUCAAUGCUUUACUAACGGAUUAUUGCCUUUGAAUAUUGAAAAAAAAUAUUAUUUUCAUAAAUACAUAUAGCCUAUGCGCAACGAUGCCUUUGGAGUAUAAUAGGAGCUGCAUUUGAUGUUAAGGAUGAACCACUGAUCAGUUUUAUACUGCCUUGUAAUUUCUCUGAAAAAAUACAUUUUAUUCUUGUUCUUACUAUUUCACUUCAAAGAUGCCAACGUCACAUGAUAUUUCAUAGGAAAUUUUGCAUGUAUCACUUCAGUUUACGUAAGAUUAUAUUAACAGCGAACAAAUCAAGAUUUGUUGGGGUUUUUUUGCAAUGAAUAGAAACAGAUAAAUGGUUUCUUAUCUGCAUGGAAAUUAUUCCUUUUUGCGUUUUUAUUCCACAAUGAAGUGUUAAUGUACCUUUUUUCACCUUUAUAUUAUGGCAAUUAUUUAGGUGCUACACUCGUUAUAAUCACGUGAUCACUAACCAUAGCUAUAGAAGGAUGUAACUGUAGAGCCGGGAAACUAACCGAAGGAUUGGAACCGGUUAGGCAAACUGAUGAAAUAUUAAAAAAAAACUACAUAAUCAAAACAAAUUGAACCAAGAUUUCCAUUGCUUAAAUAAUAAUAAUAAUAUACUAAUUUGUAUAGCGCAGAAACUAUGUGCAUAUAUUCUACUGCGCUAAAUAAAAUUUGAUGGCCACCAAAGCCAGGGUAAUAAGGAUUUAAAUAUGUUAUUGUAGAGCCGAAAGAGAAACCGAAUAACGCAAUCCGACAAAGGAAACCAUGUAAUAAAAACCGAUGUAGCUGAACCGGUAAAAUCCAAAUUACUACUGGGGUGUUAAAAUAUAAUGAUAAACAUAGUAAUAUAGAGUUGAAUGAUGUAACUCUGCAUAACCGGAAAAAACCGAGAGGUUAAGAGGUUAACCGGUUAAGAAAAGAGCGAUGUAAACAAAACCGAUGUAAGUGAACCGAUAAAUGUACUAAACAAAAUGAGGCAAACGGAUUGAAGAAUGUGAUGGUCAUCUGAGCCGAUUAAAUAACCGAAUGGUGGUAACAAUCGUAGAAACCGAAUAAAUCGAAACCGAACCGAUAACACCAUUGUUUAAUGUAUUAAACGAAUUGGAGGCAAACGGAUCGAUUAAGAGUUUUGGGCACCGGAACCGAGUAAGAAACCGAAGUGUGCAACCCGGUGAUUGAAACGGGUAAUUGAAGUGAUGACGGACACAAUCCGGGUCAUAUUUAAUCUACCCGGAUGCCGUGGACAAAGUACUUUGAAAAUGAAGCAUGGAGUGGCCACCACGGUGAAGGUAGUUUGUCGGGGCGAAAACCGAUUAUGAGAAACCGACGGAUGAGGCUCUCGGAUCCAUCUAGAUUUCGUACGCUGCCGCAUUCCAUGAUCUAAGUAUCCGUGACAUAUUCAGAUAGAAUAUCGUCGGAUCUGUCCAUGGUUUAGUGACCAGGAGGUGGCAAUGCAAUACAGAUGUGCUUUGAGUCUCUACGCUGCCGCACACCAUGAUGGUGAUAUCCAUGACAUUAUUCUGACAGGACAUUGUCGGAUCUGUCCAUGGUUCAGUGGUGACAGAACAGAAGGUGACGAUGCAACCCGGAUCCAUCUACAGUCACUACGCUACCGCACUCAAUUUUAAUGGUAUCCAAGAUGUUAUUAAGAUUAAGAAAUAUUUCAUCGGUUCUGUAUAUGGUUCAGUGAACAGAAGCUCACGAUGCAACCCAGAUCCAUUUAAUGUCUCUACGCUGCCGCACUGGGCGUGGUCGUUUCCAUGACAUUAUUCUGACAGGACUUCGUCGGAUCUGCCCGUGGUUCAGUGAACAAUGCAGGUAGCAAGCGAUGCAACCCAGAUCCAGCUGAAGUCCCUACGCUACCGCACUCCAUGCUAAUGGUAUCUAAGAUAUUAUUACGAUAGAAAUAUAUCAUCGGAUCUGUCAAUGGUUCGGUGAACAGAAGCUCACAAUGUACCCCAUAUCCAUCUAGAGUCCCUACGCUGCAGCACUACGCGAUGGUGGUUUCCAUGAUAUUAUUCUGACAGGACUUCGUCGGAUCUGCCCGUGGUUCAGUGAACAAUGCAGGUAGCAAGCGAUGCAACCCGGAUCCAUCUGAAGUACCUACGCUACCGCACUCCAUGUUAAUGGUAUCCAAGAUGUUAUUACGAUAGAAAUAUUAUCAUCGGAUCUAUCCAUGAUUCGGUGAAAAGAAGCUCACGAUGCAACCCAGAUCCAUCUAAAGUCCCUACGCUACCGCACUACGCGUUGUCUUUUCCAUGACAUUAUCCUGACAGGACAUCGUCGGAUCUUUCCAUGGUUCUGUGAACAGAAGCUCACGAUGCAACCAAGAUCCAUCUAAAGUUCCUACGCUACUGCACUCCAUGUUAAUGGUAUCCGAGACAUUAUCAAGAUAGAAAUCAUCGGAUAUGUCCAUGGUUAAGUGAACAGAAGGGGACGAUGCCAACCGGACUCAUUUAAAGUCUCAGCACUACCGCAAGGACGGUGGUUCCACGGCAUUAUUGCGACAGAAUAUCGUCGGAUCUCUGUCCACUGCUCAGCGGUGACAGAACGCAAGGUGGCAAAGCAGCCCAGACCUAGAGUGAAGGGGUCCGAGAUCAUCAUUGCGAGAGAGCGAGUGGGCCUGUUAAUCGAUUCAGUUCGCGAAUCCCUGUCAGGAAAUGCCCGUGCUAUUUGGUAAAAGUCCAAACAAUACCACCCACGGCUCGGAAAGUUAAGAAAGAACUUUAUUUCGAUAAUGUGAUAAAUGUGUUUUACUUAAAGUUGAUCUGCAUUCACUGAAGGUGGGCGAAUAUCCAUGGGGUUUGGCGAUAAAGGAAUAGUGCACCAAUUCGACAAACGUUUAAUGUUUAUACCCGUAAUUGCAAUUUGGACCUUUACAAAAAAUAAGUGAAUGCGUUAUAAGUUUGGAGUAGACCGAAAAACCCUUACUUUAUUUUAUAUAAUGUGUUAUUAAUUAAGAAUUAUCGUUAGUUAUGUAUCAGUGCAUUUACUUCUUUUCUUUGUUCAUUGUUUUGUAUGUAAGUAUGUAAAUCUAUAUUCUCUUCAGGUAUUAAGAACAAUUCUUAUAUUUUCAUCAAAUUUGUUAUUUUGCUUAACAAGAAACAUCCAAGGUGCUUAAGGAGGCGUGGCCCUGUUAUCGUAGCAAUUACUUGUGUCUCAUUUGAAUAUUUUGCUGAUUUACCCCUCCUUGCAUUGAUAAUCCGGUGUCUAAUUGUCUGUUGUUUAUUGGUUACAAUUUUCGUUGUGAAUUAUAAUGUGCGCCAAUGUGUGGGUUUAGUGACUAAUAAUUGACUUGUGCCACAAAUGCAGUUUUCAUAUUGUAUAAUAUCAGAUCGUUCAUAAUUAUCAAAGGUCAGUUUAACCAUGGAGCUAUAGCUCUAUGGUUUAACAAUAUUUAAGUGAUGUUAUACGAUUGUGUCUUACGUGAUUUGACUUAGGUACUUGUGGUAUUAGAGGAUGACGAGCUUUUGCCAUAAUUACGCUACAAAAUGGGAUUUUAAAUCGGUACUCCGGGCUGAAAACUAUGAUUUGAACAGGUUAAACAAAAUCGGACAAACAAAACACUGAAAAUGUCAUCAAAAUCCCACAAGGACUAACAAAGUUAUGACAUUUUUAAUUUGGCCUUAUUACAAUGAAACAGUUUUUGUUGCCUGUCUCCAUGAAACAUGCAUUGCUGCAACCUAUUCAACUUUUUUACAGGGGAGACACAAUACACACAUGUAUGAAAAUAUGAAACCAUUAUGAUUUCAUGUAAUAACAUGAGAAAGAUUGAAAGUGGGGACAUAUAUGACGGCAUGCAUAUAUAACUGUUCUUCAAAAUAUUGCCAAACUUUAAAGUUGAUACCUUCGUCAUUGAUUAUCAGAAUUUUUUUUUUUAAUCUUAGCGGUUUUCUUUGUUAAUUCUUGUUCGAUUUAUUGAUUUAUUAUUUCGACCCAAAGUGCCCUGUGGAUCGAGGACCUCCGACUUGCUCUCUAUAUUCGUAAGAGGGCGACAUUCAUGAAAUAGGCAUUGAAAAUAACAUUAUAGCAGGAGUGCUUGUAAGCAAGCAACCAGAGGACGGAAGGCUUAAGAUUCUCUCCGAGGGACCUGGUGAAGAGUACUAAUUAUAAUUUCGAAGCCACCUCUACAGAUUGGCCUAUCAUGCCUAUUAUCUGCGAGGAAAUAUGUACACUUUCAAUAUUUAUCAUGAUAGGGCAUACCUUGCAACUUUUAUUUAUAGUAACGGUCUGAUCGACCACCAAAUAUUGAUUGAUUGUUGAAUUUAUUUUUUCUUCAUUUCAAACAAAUUGACAAAGUAAGUAGGAACAAAACACAAUAUGAAUAACAGAAAUGAAAAAAAGUGAAUUCACUGGAAAGCUUCGCUUGUUUAUGUGAGUCCCCUGAAAUAAAUAACUGAUUAAAAUUUAUCAAAUACAAAUAGAAAUUAACAAUGUUCAAUAGAAUAUUUGAAGACUACUAAUGGGGUCAAGCUUCGUAUGUUUAUGCACUAUACAAAAAUUAAUACAAUCAAGACAAUAUAUUCAUACCCAAAUAUUGUAUGUAAGAUAAAUGUAAUAAGACAAGAGAAAAAAACACAAAACCAAACAAAGACAGUGUACCGAAGAGGUGCACUGUCUGUAUGGACGUUCACAAAUAUUUUCUUUAAUAUUACAGUAUGCCAAAGCUCGUUGCAAAACUAUAAUGCAAAUGAAAAUCCAACAUACACCUUCGACUGCAAUAUAGGCGUAAACUUGUGUACAUGGAGGGGACAGAGUGCCCCCCCCCCACGCAGAUUUUUUUCCCUUUUUUUAUAAAGAUUUUCAGAAAAUAUUUGCCCCUCCCAACCUGUUGUAUAGGUAGGCUGCUGCUCUCAUAUUAAUACAUUUUGAUUGUUGUUUCUUUUUAAAUUAUUAUUAUUACCUUACUAAAAUGUACAUUCAAAUUGUUUCAAUACUUGAUUUGUUUCAAUAUUUUCAGAUAUGUAAGCAAAGUGCUCGUGGUGAAUAUGACUCUGGGCUAAGUGUGAUGAUGUUGAUGCCGAUAUUGAUGGUGACGACGAUGAUGAUAUUGAUGAUGACAAUGGUGAUGAUUAUGACGACGACGAUGUUGCUGAUGAUGAUAAUGUAAUGACACUAAUACGAUGAAGAUUAUGAUAAUGAUAAUAAUGAUGAUGAUGAUGAUGAUGAUGAUGAACAUUAACAUGUAUAUUUAUAUAUAGGCCUACAUUAUAUAAGACGGUUGUACAGUAUAAAGCUUCUUUGCUUAAAAAUUUUCGGUCCAUCUACUAAUGUGAAGCACAUCUUUUUUUUUAUGGGGGGGGGGGUCUUUUCUUUUUGUAUUUACAUUUAGUAAUUUUUGCCUUCAAAUUAUUGUGAUUAUCAUUAGGUAUUUAUAUAUUACGUAAGAUCUGUGAAAGAUAAUUUGUUAAUACAUUCUAAUAUUUUAUGUCAAUAAUAAAAUUAAAAGUAAUAGAUUUAAUAAUGUUACUA